GAGGAUUGGAUGAUAGUUCCCGAGGAGCUAGGGCAUGAGAUGAGCGACGAGGAGCUAAUGUGGAGAGCAUCAAUGGUGCCGCGAAUCAGUAAGUACCCUAACAAUCGAACUCGGAAGGUGGCGUUCAUGUUAUUGAGCAGGGGAAGCUUGUCGUUGGGACCAUUAUGGGAAAUGUUCUUCAAGGGAUAUGCAGGGCUCUAUUCGGUUUACCUCCAUACUUCACCUGAAUUCACCAAAGAGUCACCAGAAUCCUCGGUGUUUUAUAAGCGGAAGAUACCAAGCAAGCUCGUGGAAUGGGGACAAGCCACAAUGAUGAAUGCUGAGAGGCGCCUAUUAGCUAAUGCCCUACUUGAUUUCUCCAAUGAAAGAUUUGUGUUGCUCUCGGAAACAUGCGUUCCUCUGUUCAACUUUACAACAAUUUACAACUACCUCAUCAACUCUAACCAUAGUUUUGUUGGCUCAUUUGAUGAUCCACGACCUAGGGGUCGAGGGCGGUACAAUAAGCGCAUGUGGCCGAUGAUAUCAUUGUCCGACUGGCGUAAAGGCAACCAAUGGUUCGAAGUUCAUCGGAAGCUAGCUGUAGAGAUAGUAUCAGAUGUCACAUACUACCCCAUUUUUGAGGAUCAAUGCAAGCCUCCAUGUUACAUGGAUGAGCACUACUUGGCAACCCUCGUGACCAAAACUCACCCGGACAUCAACUCAAAUAGGAGCAUUACAUGGGUUGAUUGGUCCAAAGGUGGCUCACACCUAACAAGGUUUGUGAGGAAGGAUGUGUCCGAAGAGUUUUUGAAUCGGGUGAGACAUGGAUUUAUUUGUACUUAUAAUGGUAGCAUGACCACGGUUUGCUUUCUUUUCGUGAGGAAGUUUCAACCGAACACCCUAGAGCCUUUGCUAAAACUAGCUCCAACAUUGCUUGGGUUUAAUCCUUAA